GGUUUGAAUAAUAGAAAAUACAGUCAAUAUAAACACAAGCUUCAAUAAAGUUUUAUAGGUUAUGAAUACCUUAUUUCAACUUUAUACAACACCAUUAAUUCUCUUUUAUCAGAAUACAGCUAUUUCUGUUGUUGUAAGGAGAGAAUGAAAAUUCAUUACGCUUUAGAAGGUUGUAUUGAUCAUUUUAAAAAUAUUUUGUUCUUGCUUAAUUCAUUAAAUAUGUUACAUAGAUUAUAAUUUACAAUUACCAAUGUAAAAUAAAAUACAUAAAUGUAAAUAUAAAUGUAUAACAAUAAAUAUAUCAUAAUUGACAGUUCCGAACAUAAUAUGUUCUUCUUCAGAGUUGAAACUUUUGUUGUUAAAUGGGAAUAAACAUACAGUUGACUUUCUUCAUUUUAUUCUUCCGCUUUGUUCUUUUUCUCUUCUUAUUGAAAUUUUAAUACUGUGGCGGACGAAAAGCAUUCAUUUGUAAAAAGUCAAUUUUCUUCGUCCGUCCCACUGUAAUAAUUUCGAUAGGGUGUGGGUGUGGAUGUGGGUGGGUGUGGGGUGUAGGUGUGGGUGUGGGUGAGUGUGGGGGUGGGGGUGUGGUUGUGGGUGUGGGUGUGGGUGGGUGUGGGUGUGGGUGUGGGGUGGGUGGGUGAAAGGAAGAUAUGUUCACACCCACAUCACACACCCACAUCCAUUCACACCACACCCACACCCACCCACACCCACCCACACCCACACCCACCCCCACACCCACACCCUCUUGACCUAUUUCUACAACCUCAUUUUUGUUUCUUUUGUGUCUUGUAAAUAUGUAUUCUUUAGAUUCUACCUAUUCCUGAACCAUAUACAUCAAUAGACUAUCAUAUUGUUAUUGAUAAUUCAAAUGUGUUUAUUGGUUCUCAAAAAAUACAUAAUAAAGAAACUGGAUUAAUUCAAAUAAAUCCCGCUAUUCGUGUAAAUGUUAAGAAUCUUGCUAGAGUACUUGAAGCGAAUAAGUUACAAAUAUAUAUAAAAACACGUAUGGUUGGUGGCAGUAAACCACCUAAAAAUGCACGUGUUUGGGAUGAAUGGGAAUCUUGCGGUUAUACAUGUAUACUGGGAGAUCGGUCGGCACAGGACAAAGAACAAUUCGUGGACAAUAUGUUACAUGCUCAAAUCUACGACCUUCUUCUGAGUUAUAAGGAUAGUACAAAUAGACAACAAGUUCUUAUUUUGGUUACUGGCGAUGGGAAUAGAAACCGUGGUCAAACAAGUUUUCCGAACGCCGUAGAGAGAGUAUUGGCAAAUGCUUGGAACGUAGAACUUUGGUCAUGUGAACAAUCAUUGAGCCCAAAUUUUCUCGAUAUUCAGAAAUUCUUUCCAAAUCGAAUGACAAUUAAACAUUUAGAUUCUUAUAGAAAAGAUAUUACAUUUGAAGAAAAAGUCAAACAAAACUAA